UUGGGUACAGACAGCCGUGCAGCUGUGGGAAGCCAGGUCAGGUAGGGGACAUGCAAUCAAUUAAACAAUCUGUAGCUGAUGGUGCAUGUGACAGUCUUUAUCCACCAUCACCAUUACGCAUGUCCGUCCCUCUGUAUGAAUGAUGACAGAAGGAGAGCCUCUAGGAUGGAAGCAGAGAGAGAGAGAGAUGAUGUGUCAGUCCUUGAACCUCAAGCCUCCCACAGCAGGCUGGCAGCCUGAGGGGAACCAGGCUCCACUCCUGCUGCACAUCCAGCUGUCUGAAAGGCAUCUUGCUUUUUUCCAUCCUCUCUGGAGCGCUGUUCACCUCAAGGGUCAGCUGUGGCUCUUGAAAUGAAUGCUGCAGAGCAGGCUUGUUUGCGGGUCGGACUUCUUUCUCCUCCUUGAUUGAAGAUUAUCAUCUUUCAUCACACUGGUGAAAAUUGGAUACAUGUUUUCAACAAUACAGUCAGAGCGGUUCUUCUUCACGUGUGAUUAGAUAAUGUAACCUACUUUACUGACAAAGCUGGAACCUGGAUCUCCCACACAGGAAAUCAAACUUCAGCCUCUUUGCCCUAAGAGGUUGUUGCUAGCAGCUCCAAGCCAAGAGAUUUACGUGGGCUCACACGACUUCAGCAAGAACCACUCUGCCUCUGCCUCCAGACCUCCCCGACACAUCUCGCCAGCUCGAGUGCCGGAGGGACAGACGGCUUCGGAACCGAGCCUCCCACCUUGGAUGCUGAACAUCUCCCCUGAAGUUUCUUCAUUCCAGGACUCAGCAGGAGAGAAUAUGAAAGAAAGCGUUUUGCAGAUCAGCUGGGUUGUCCUAACAGUGUUCUAGUGCAUGCACUGCUUUGAGAUCAAUGAUCAAUUUUGUUUAUAUGUGCACCAAAAAAAGAAAAGUGUUGGUUAAAGACCGAUGAGAACCCCUGCAGGGAUCUGACGAUCCCCUUUGAGCAGCACAUGAUGACGAUGGCCAGGUGAACUCCCUCCCUCAGCUGGUUUUACUCCUGUAGUAAGACAGGCUGGGGGUGCAGGGAUGCAGGCAAUGACUGUUGUAAGAGUGCCUCUCUGCCACCCCCUGCUGACCAUGCGGAGUGUGGGUGCAGUGGUCCUGGCGCUCGCCGCUGCCGCACUCAGCUCGGCAGACUCCGACACGCACCGACCGAGACACGACUCCAACCUGGAGAUCUACAAGCGGCUGUUUGAGACCAAGAGGAAAGAUCAGCUGAAUGCACUCAAGAAUCUAGUAGAGCUGAACGACAUCAACCAGCAGUACAAGAUCAUAGACAUCAUGCUCAAAGGGCUCUUCAAGGUGUUGGAGGACUCCCGGCAGGUCUUGGUUGCGGCCAACAUGCAGCCCGAUGACCCCUUCCCCAUGGACGAUAAGAUCAAAGAAGCUUAUUCCCACGUAGUGGAGAAUACGGCGUUCUUUGGCGACGUGGCGUUGCGUUUCCCCCGUAUCGUCCACCACUACUACGACCGGAACACCGACUGGAGCGGCCUGCUGCGCUGGGGGCUGAACUUCUGUAACCAGACGGGGGUUUUCACAGGAGGAGCCCACCAGCACGUCCUCACACUUAUGUCACAGGAGCUGGGAAUAACAGAGAAAUCCCCAGACUUUAUAAACCCGUACCGCACAGAGAGAGAUGAUGUGCUUCACACAGCCGAGGCUUUCCAGAAGAUCCUGAGGGAGGAGGAGAAGAGGAGGAGGAAGGAGGAGAAGAGGAAAGAGAUCAGGAAAGGCCCUCGCAUAUCCCGCUCUCGCAACGAGCUAUAGCGCUACACCUCAUCGAGCGCGAAGAGCAGAGGAGAGGGAGGACGAGGAGGAGGAGAUGAGAAGGCGCGUACACUCGCAGUCCACAAGGGGUGGCUUGACUUGUAGACUCUGGUGACAGUGAAGAAAAACAAAAAGCUGCCGUCACUUGUACAAAAGCCAGGUGCUCGAGAAAGAGAGAGAGAGAAAACCUCAAUGUGACACAAAAAUGUAAAGUGGAGGAGGGGGUUCGUCCAGAUCUGAGAAAAGCCUGAGCUGCUGUAAGUCAGCAGUUCUUUAGAAUUUGGGGGGGGAAGGAAAAAAAUAACAAGAGAAAUAACUCUCUGGAGAUGAAGUUAAGGCAAACUCAUUUUUGAUAACUUGAAGCUUAUGUAACUGAACUUUGGGAUAUUAAUUCAUUUUAGUCUAAUCGUUUUUCUUCAAAACUUUGCGAAGCCCCCGCUGUACUGUGUCUGGUCUCGGUUUAAUGUAUCUAAAAUCCCAUACGCUUCAAGUAGGUGCGAUUGCCAAAUUUGACCUUUUGAAAAUGUGGCGUGUUUAUGGUUGGGUUGGGCUCGACCGCUGAUUGAAUAUUAUCUUUCAUUAUUUCUAAGAGCUGUUGAAUUUCUCAAAGGAUGUUUGUGAAUAGGCAGAUUUACAUUCCCACUGCUGCUCAGAAUUAAUAAGGACACAUCAUUAUGUUGCGUUUGCCUGAAGGAUGGCGUAAUGAUAAAGAUUACCAUGGGUUCAUUUUUAUGUCUGCUAUUUUAUUUCCAUCUGAGGGACUCAUUUGAGAUUUUUUUUUUUUUAAAUUGACCAUAUAGUUUUUUCUGCCUUAAUGAGCCUUCACAUUAUUUUUAUCCUGUCAACCUGAAAUACAACAUGUGACCAUUCAUCUAGCAGUCCCUCGUCUUUAACCUUUUUUCCCAUAUUUUUCCCCUUUUUAAAUUGACACGUUUUGUGGAUUCAGAGCUACACAAUUGAGACUGAUGUAAUUUUCAUAUAGUAAUAAUGACUGUUAUGAAAACUAUAUGUAUAUUCAGAGAAAAAUAUCAUUGCUGCAGAAUGAACAAGCCAUUUUGUUAACACGUGUAAUGAAAUAAAGUGACUCUGAUACAUAAGGAAGAAAAUUAUAUAUAUAAUAUAUUUGUACUUCAUGUGGCUUCAUACUGUAGGGAUGUCAAUCUCAUUUUACAUUGUGGGCCACGCACAGCCCUCUUUGACCUUAAACGGCUGGACCAGUGAAAGUACAAAAUAAAUAAUAAAAAUAAAAUUACAGAAAAAGCUCUGGUAGUUCAUUAUACAGACUG